CGUCUUUAACCGACACGCGGAAACCAAUCGAAACAUUCCGAAAUUCAUGAGAAAAAAACAACAAAUUGUGGGCCGAAAUAUGAUAAAGGACGUAAAACAGCAGUUGUGUGAUACAUGUAUAUAAAAAGAUGACAAUAGAUGAUGUACAAGGUGUACGAUGUCGUGCAGUAUCUAAGUUUUCAAUAUAGUGUGGGAUUAAAGUUCAAUGAUAGACGAGAUGUCAUUCAUCAAACACGAUAAAACGUACGAAGCCGUUUCGAGCACGAACGCCUCAGUAGUGUACGCCACUGUGUCAGGAUUUGCCGAAAAGAAAGCCAAAUACUGGUUUUCAGACUAUGUCUUCGUGCUCGAGGUCUACUGGACAAACAAAAAGACAACGUAUAUCAAACGAAGUUACGACGAUGUUCUGAAUUUGUAUCGUGAUAUAAAAGAUAAUUUUAACAACAAAUAUGAAAAAGGACUCAUAAAAUCACCGGUGUUCAUUCCGAAAUUAGAAGGUAAGCGGUUUCUCCAGCAGAGCAGUGUAGGUCUUGCGGAACACCGGGAAAUGGAGCUUCAGAGUUUCUUUAAGCAACUGUUAGAAGGCAAUCCUUUAAUCAGCAGCAACAAGAUCGUUCUGAAUUUCUUCUGUCGACGCCAAACUGAUCCUUUACCUAGUGAAACAACAGAACAUUCUGAUAACGCUGAAGAUGAAAACGAGGAUGACGAUGACGAUAUUUUGUUUGACAGAUAGAAUGAUUGCGUACUUAUUUUAGAUGCUCUAAAAUCUGAAUUUUUGCUGAAAUAAGUCUGGGAUAAUAACCUAAAUGUACAGAUGUGGCAUAAACGCGUGCUCUAAGUUAUGUGUAUCACAUAUAUAUAUGAGUAUUUUAGAUCAGUGUGUUCUGUUGACACGUCAGUUUGUAUGCGUGUGUUUCAAAAAGUACAAUAUUGUUAGAAGACCUGUUAAAAUUUGUAAUAUUUUUUAAUUCACCAAAAGGGAUGAGGUGUACUAAUCUAUGUGGACUGUGUGACAGGUUUUAAGUGUUUCAUUUC